AUGAUUAUUGAACCAGAAGAUGAUGAACAAGGGAGUUCAAGAAGUCGAGAAAUUCAUUUUAUUCAAGAAGAGAAUGAACCAACAUCACCGAGUUCACUAAAGCCAAGUGUUGAAGUAUCUCCGUUAAGGAAAACUAGUGUCUCUUUUGCUUUGGAUUUCGAAGCUCAACAUAAAGCUGAAGAAGUCGACGCUGAGAAUCGAGCAAACGCUUAUUAUGAUAAAAAUCGCCCAAAAAAGGAUGAAGAAACGAUUGGAAUGAUGAAUGGACGAUGGAUUGAUAAUACAAAUGCUUGCAACUUUUUGGCCGCUCUUGUCAGUCUCCUCUACGCUUUGGUAUUGACAGUGAUCGCUAUAAUCAUUGAGGUUUCCCCUGGAUGGUCGAAUCAAUUGUACAUUGGAGAAUUGGUUUUCUACAUUUGGAUGUACGGUUUUGGGCUGAUUUUCUUUGGCUAUUGCUAUUUCUUUCUCGUCUAUACUAAAUGGUUUCUCCAAGUGCAGCGAUGGCUCAUUCGAUUGAGGAUUCUCGAUGAUGAUAAAUGGGUUUUGGAGAAAGCGGCUCACACUGGAGAAGGAGCUGGCAGUCUUUAUCUGAGACUUGGAGCUGUUGUCUUUGGCACUCUCGGAAUCAUGUUAUUGGGAAUGGAAUCGUUUCUAAUCUUUCACAAUCACGACAACGGAACACAAGCCGCGAAACUGAUCCUUGUCGCUGUGUUCAUCUUCGUCGAAAUGCAUUUCAUCUUUUGCAACUCGAAAUUAGUCAUCAUCACCAAUCAAGGCAUCGCUCGUUUUGGUAUGAUGCACGUAAUUGCUGUCAACAUUUUUACAUGGAUUCGUUUCAUUCUUGUAAAAGCUAUCAGUAAACACACGAAGAAGCAGAAGAAAGAGCUCAAAACGGGGUAUUAUGCAGAUGAUAGCUCGGAUAGUUCGGAGGAGGCGACUGCUUAUGAAUCAACAAUCGUUUAUGGGCAACAAAUUUAUGAAGCACUGACAUCGACGACUCCAUAUCCUAUCAAAACAAAUGAGACAUCUGGGAAUCUUGGACAAACACUUUACAUCGAGAAAUACUUUGGAGACUUUACCACUAUUUUUGUUACCUGUAUUGUUGAAUAUUCACUUAUUGGUGCGGCGGUGAUGUUUAUUUUGUGGAUGCAAAUUGGCCAUGUUGGCCCUCAUCAUGGCUGGUCACAACAGAAAAGAGCUAAAAGAAAAAGCAAAAUGAGAAUUGAUUGCAGUCGCUCAACUUCGGGAAUUUUUGGCGGUGUUCUUUAUAUGAUUCUCGUUUUUAUGUCAAUUGGUGUUUAUUUAGUAUUUUCAAAGUUAAAUGAGACAUCGAAUCAAACUCUUUGCUUUGGAAUUGUGGAAAUUGUGAUGUACACUUGGAUUUUAUCGGUUUUGAUCUUUGGAUUAUGGAGAAUGAGAGUCCUUCAAUAUAAACGCGAGAAUUCUCAUGCAAGUGCUGAGAUUCUCGACGAGAUUCUUCUCGUCAUUGGGCUCUUUGGAGAGAUUGUUUAUUGUUGUAUAGCUAUUGAUCUCUGGAUUGCUACUCAAUCCUCAGAGAGCAAGUACCAGAAAAUGCAUGGAUAUGACCUAGCCUUGUACAUUAUUCGCCUCGUCUCUGUCUUUCUUCAAGCACUUUUCAUAUUCUUAAGUACAAGGCUAGCUGCUCGUGGACCAAACGAGCAGCGAAUCAAACCCGGGAAACAAUCAGUCACCUUCCUCUUAGUUGCCAACAUUGCUCUCUUCAUCUUUAUGACAUUCGAAUCAAUGAACAGCAAUCUACCACUCAAUGCAUCCAGUUCCGCAUUUCCAUAUAUCAUCUAUGGAGUUGGACCAUUGGUUGUCUUUUAUCGCUUUCACAGCUCUGUUUGCCUUGUCGAUAUCUUUAAAAAGACCUACAACACAAAGCUAUUGGACAGCUCUUCAGCUGGUUCAUUUGCCACGACAGCUACCGCUUCUUCAAUUGAAAGUCCAAUUCAAGAGCAUAACACAUUACCAAAUGAACAU